AUGAUGAUCACGUUCUUACUACUGUCCGGGGACAUAACGUAUUGCCCAGCGCAUCCAUCUAUCAACAGCACCGUGCCUCUGCUACCUGCUGCGCCUGGAGAAGAUCGUCGAAGCGAUCUACGUGAUCCAUCUGAUGGGUUUGCGUCUGCAGUCCAAAACCGCAUAUCCCUCCAUCCCAUCCCCCUUCGCUUCGGCAAGUGGGCAUGGCCAAACUGUAUGUACUGUACAUCAAUUGCCCAGGAUCAGAUCCUCCUCUCCCGGCCCCCUCCACCACCAUCAUACAUCCUCCUACUGCAAUGCACCAUGCACGAUGCCUGCAGGCCAUUAUCCUGGGAGGGUCCGCAGCCACGAUACGAAGCACGAUACGCCGCGCCAAGAUGA